AUGGCCUCUUCCCAGCUCUUCAUUAUCCUUUCCAUUCUAGCAAUUUUUGUUCCUUCAACUUUGGCAACAGAUUAUGUUGUUGGUGACGACAAAGGUUGGACGAUUAAUUUCGAUUACCAAGCUUGGGCUCAGGGAAAGUUGUUCUAUGUUGGUGACAAUCUUGUUUUUAACUAUCCAAAAGGAGCCCACACUGUGCUCAAAGUGAACGGCACUGGAUUUCAACAAUGUGCAGCUCCAUUAGACAGUGUGCCAUUAACAAGUGGAAAAGAUGUGAUCAACCUUGCAACCCCAGGGAGAAAAUGGUACAUUUGUGGUGUUGGCCAGCACUGUGAAGUGGGGAACCAAAAGCUUGUUAUAACUGUUCUGCCAUCUUCAUCUUCAUCUGCCCCAAGCUCAAGCCCUAGCUCAUGGCCUAGUGCCACAGCUGGGCCAGGCCCCAGUACAUCUUCAGCAACUACAAGUGUUGGAACAAGAUUUGCUUUGAUGAUGGUUACUAUUGCCUUUGCGAUGCUCAUGGCUUAG